UACUGAUAUAAACAUGAUAGGAUUUCUUUUUUCUGCAAUAAUUUUCUGGAACCCUUUAUUGUCCGAUUCUGCUGAUGAAAUCGCUGUGAUGCAAGGACAUGUUCAUCUUGGAGGACUGUUUGAAAUAUUUGGUGAUAGGGAAUGUAAAAAUGAAAUACAAGCAACGUCCAUUCGAAACUUUGAAGCUGUGAAAUGGACACUAAAGAAAUUAAAUGAGGCAAAUUACAUUCCAGGAAUAAAACUUGGUAUAGAAGCAUUCCCUACAUGCAAUGUUUACGGAAGAGCUUUAGAACAUACAACACGAAUGAUAAAUAGAAAAUUUCAUGAACCAAUGAAAUCCAAUGCAACUCCAGUCAUAGGCUUGGUUGGUCCAGAAUAUAGUCAUGAAGCGGUAGACGUAUCGUCAUACAUCAGUGGGUUGGAGAAAAAUAACUUAAUUCUACAAACACUUUUUUCAACAACCGCCUCAGCCCUCAGUGAUGGGAACAAAUUUCAAAAUAUCUUAAGGGUUAUCCCAGAGGAUUCCAAACAAAUAUUGACUAUCAUUUCUCUCAUGGAAAUACUUGACUGGAACUAUGUUGGUGUCAUAUACGAAAACAAUGCAUAUGGGAUAGGGAACUUUCAAGGAUUUGAGAGCAAGGCUAAAGCAAAGAAAAUAUGCAUUGCAUAUUCUUCAGCUAUUUCACAGGAAAAUGGACUUGUAAAAUCUCAAGAACUGCAGAAAGCUAUAGAUUUAGUUAUUUUUCAUGCUGAAAGUACAAUAACAGGAGUUAUUGUAUUUGCUUCUACUAAAACUGUUAAAGUGUUACUCAAUGUUGUCAACAAACUAAAACAAAAUUACAUAUUCCGACUUGGACUGAUUUUCUCAGAAGGGUCUUCUACUAUAGACAAAAAUACUUUGAAGCUAUAUGAUGUAUCUAAAGGAUCUUUCUUUUCUAUCCCUCCUGUGGUAUCCUUCAAAAGUUUUAAAACCCAUUGGGUAAAUGUUCUGAGUAAUAAAACAAUUUUCAGUCAGGAAAUGUUAUCUAAUCCCUGGCUCAAAAAGUUUGUUUCUUGUGAUAUUCAAAGCCCUUCCUGUUCAAUGCCUACCAAAGAUGACCUGGAUUCUGUAACUGGUCUCAAUGUGUUUGAAGGUUAUGCAAUCAUAUCUACAAUAUUACACGCCAAAAUUCUCAGAGACCUCCACAGGGAAAUGUGUGAAGGAGUUGAUGGGUUGUGCACUAAUCUCAACAGCACGCUGUGGGACAAUGCUUAUAAACUGGUGUUAAUGGGAAGAAACGCCAAAGUCAGUUUAAAGGGAGAUAUUCCUGAUGAACUACAACAACCCUUGGAAAUAACUUUCAAAGGAAAUCCCAAUGCUUAUAUUUUUGGAAAUCUACCUGAAUAUGAAGUUCAUCACUUUCGAUAUUGUCUACGCGAGAAUCAAGAAGUUUGCUUAGUGAAAGUUGGGAAUUACAACAAUACAACAUUAGAUUUAAAUACCACGUUACUCAGAGACUACACGGAAAACGCGAAUGGUUUAUCAUGGCCAGAUAUUAUAAAAGCACAGUGUAAAGAUGGGAAAAAAUGUGAAUCAUGUCAAAAUAGUAAUUUGUUUGAUGAAAUUAUUUUUAAAGAAGGCGACUUUUAUGUCGGGGCAGUUGUUCCUGUGUUUAAUAAAGACUCCAAUGAUCCUAUAAAGUGUGGACUUAUUCGAGAUUCAAAUGGAUGGGAAAUUGUAGAAGGAAUAAGGUUCGCAGUAGAAACAGUAAAUAAAAAACUAGGUAGAUUUGCCUGGAUGUUUGGAAGGAAUAAAAUAGGAUACAUUAUUUUCAAUAGUUGUAACCAACCAUUUCUUAUUCAAGAAAAACUUUUAGGGUUUUUUAAAGAAAGGAUGCAAUUAUCUAACGGUUCGCAUGUUUUAGAUGUUGCAAGUAAGCUUCUUGGAUUUGUUGCUGCAUAUGGCAGCGAAAUCAGCAUAGCAACAGCAAGUAUACUUCAGAAAUUUGAUCUUCCUCAAAUAAGUUACGCCUCCACUGCUGCCGUGUUAAGUAACAGAACUACCUAUAAAUACUUCAUGCGCACGUGUACUCCUGACGAUAAACAAGCUCUUGCGAUGGUUAAUAUAGUGAAAACACUCAAUUCUUCGUACAUACAGAUUAUGUACAGUGAAGGAAGCUAUGGCGAAGGAGGAAGAAACGCUAUUAUACGCGCAGCUAACGAUAUGAAAAUAUGCAUUGCAAAUGAAAUCAAAGUUCCACAGGGUGAUUACGCAAAGAUCCGUGACAAUCUUCAAAAAACGCCGUAUGCUACAGUUGUCCUUCUUUUUUUAAGAAGUCAUGUUGUACAGGAAGUAAUGACCGUGCUAGACAAGUCAAUAGAUCCUUGGCCAUAUCUUUUUAUAGGUUCUGAGGCGUUUGGAAAACAACAAAGCAUAAUAGCUGGCAAGCAUAAACUAGAAGGAACCAUUUCGUUGUCACUCCAAAUGACACCUGACACUGGAGAAUCCAAAUUUGAGAAAUAUUUGCACGAUAUACUUGCUGAAGGAGAUGAUAUAAACCCUUGGACAAAAGAAUACUUUGAAACGAGAAAUAAAUGUUUUCUGUCGGGUAGCUUUAACAAACACUCUAAAUCUAAGUGUGCAGACAUUAAAGCUGAAUUCAACAACCAAGACUAUCAACCAGAACUAUGGACCGCCUUUGCUAUCAAUGCCAUGUUUUCUCUUCUGCAAGGAACAAAUAAAUCUUUUGCUGAUCUCUGUGGCAGCCAGUCUUCUACUUUAUGUCAAAAAUAUCGAAAAUCUCCAAAAGACGUCUACGACAAGAUAAAGAAUGAAAAACUGGUGAUUGAUGAAAAUAAGAUUCCAUCCAAAGUUUUUGAUGAGAAUGGCGAUGGUAAUAAGGGAUAUGAAAUAUAUCAAGUCCAGAGGAAGGCCUCAGAUGCCAGUCAACUGAUAUUUGUUGAAAUCGGUCGGUAUACUUUGGAGGAAAAUGGUUAUUCAAUACACAAUAAGAGGAUAAAGGACCCCUUCAAGACUUUGCCUUCAAUAUGUCCAAACCCGCCGGAGUGUAAAAGAUGCAUGGAACAGGUCGGCAGCCAGGAUAAGUCCACUCCUGUGGAUGGGUAA